AUGUUUACGCCAUACACACCGGAAAAAUCGAUCAGUGAACAAAAAGCUGCUCAGAAGCUGAAACAAAUUCAAGCGAACAUGGAAGAACAGCUGCGAACUCUCACUCAUCAGAGAGGGGCAGUGGAGGGCAAAUUAACGCGUGUGAAAAGUGUUCUGCAGCACAGUGACGAUGCACCGAAUCCGAACAUUCGAAAUUUACACUUUCUUCGGUUGCAUAUGAAGACAGUCGAACAAGCAUACAGUGAAUAUAAUCAGUUUCAGAAUUCUAUUUAUGCCCUGUCCCUCUCUGAGGAGCGAAGAGCCGAGCAGAUGGAAAAGUACGUCGAAUUCGAAUCGAUGUACACCGAUUUGUCGAUACGUUUGAGUAUGCUGAUUGAGGAGGCUACCACGAAUCAUGCAAAAGAUGCCGCGACGAAGAUCGAGUUCCCAGCGCCCGCUGUGAUGACAGCGGGAUCGGCGGCACCUUUCCUCCCUCCACUACAAGCGCCAUUGCCGACCUUUGACGGGUCGUACGAGGGAUGGUUUUCGUUUAAAUCUAUGUUUACGACCAUCAUGAAUCGUUACAAGUACGAGGAACCGGCAAUGAAACUUUAUCAUUUGCGAAACUGUCUCGUGGGAGCAGCCGCUGGAAUUAUCGACCAGGACAUCGUCAAUAGUAACGACUACGAUGCUGCCUGGAAAUUCCUGACAGAAAGAUUCGAGGAUAAGCGGCUCAUCAUCGACAAACAUAUCGAGUGUUUGUUCAACCUGCCGAGGUUUAGCAAAGAGCAUUCGACAAAUCUGCGGAAAUUGCUAGACGUCUCCACUAAGAACGUCGAAGCACUCAAGAAACUGGAACUGCCAGUGGAAGGGCUUGGUGAGCAAAUGCUUGUCAACAUCAUUUCAUCACGGAUGGAUAAAGCGACACGCGUAGCCUGGGAGACACGACAGGAAUCAGGAGUUCUGCCCAGCUACUCGAAAACCAUGGCGUUCCUACAAGAACAGUGUAGAAUUAUUGAGAAAAUUGAAACGAAUACGAAAAUAGAAAGUGGAAAAACAAAAGCGGGGGUUAAAACCACCACGCUAGUGAACACUAAUGAACCGAAGUGUGAUAUGAAAAUUGAACAAAAGUGCGCUGGUUGCAAAGAAAGGGCAUCGAACGAGCGGAUGUGCUUCAUCACACAACUGCAGAGAGUGUGGCAAACGACACCAUACUUCUCUUCACACCAUCGAACAUUCGGGAAUCAUACCAGCAAAAACCAGUGUGCAGAUCGCAGCGAGGAUGUUCAACCAACUCGUAGUGAGACGACUUCGAGCAGCCAAAGCGAGGUGAUUCGAUCCGGCACAGCUGCGACUUUGUGUGCCAGUGUAGGGAGUCAGAUGAAACAGGCGUUGCUGUCUACGGCUAUAGUAAAGGUCCGUGGAUUGAACUCUGCUGCUUACCCAUGCCGAGUGUUGCUGGACUCAGCAUCCCAGAUGCAUUUUAUUACGGAACGGUUUGCAAACCUGAUCGGACAGAAGAAGCAGUCUGUUGAUUUCAUUGUGAGUGGCCUCAACGGUGCGAACAUUCGACUCCGUCGUAUGGUACGAGCGACGAUUGAAUCGUACGUCGGAGAUUUCUUUACUGAAGUGGACAUUCUCGUAGCGCCACGGAUCACAAGCGACCUGCCAGAGAAACCGUUCGACGUAUCGGAAUGGCCGAUCCCUGCUGACGUCAAAUUAGCCGACCCGGAAUUCAACAAACGAGGACGCAUCGAUAUGCUGAUCGGUGCCGAAAUCUUCUGGGAUUUGGUGAAAGACGACCGAAUCAAACUUGGACCGAACCUACCAACACUCACCAACACGGAGCUUGGUUGGGUGGCGGGAGGCAUUAUCACCACCGACGCGCCAGUCAUGGCGCGAUCGCUCUGCCAAACGAGCAACGAAGAACUGAGUGAACUUCUACGAAGCUUCUACAAGCUGGAGGCUUGCGACGUGAUCCAGCACCCCAGCAAGGCGGCUGACGAACAGUGCUUGGAACAUUUCCGACAGACUCACCAACGAGACCAGGAAGGAAGAUACUGCGUACGACACCCAUUCAACGACAGGAAGGGUGAGCUGGGCGAUUCUCGUGCAAUCGCAAUACGACGGUUUCUGUCUCUUGAGCGACGGCUGGACAGAGAACCGAAUAUCAAGCAGCAGUAUUCCGCUUUCAUGCGAGAGUAUGAGGAGCUCGGCCAUAUGAAAGCUAUCGCGGCCGACGAAAACGAAGAUCCAAAUUCCGCUUACUACAUACCACAUCACUGUGUAGUGAAGCCCAGCAGUACGACGACCAAGUUAAGGGUCGUGUUUGAUGGAUCUACAGCGACGUCCACUGGAGUGGCGAUUAACGAUGCACUGAUGUCUGGACCGACCGUCCAGAAUGAUCUGACUUCCAUUCUUCUGAAUUUUCGGUGCUUUAAGCACGUGUUUACGGUGGACAUCCCGAAAAUGUUCCGCCAAGUUCGAGUUCUGCCUCCGGAUACUGCGUACCAACGAAUAAUAUGGCGUUAUGAUCGAAGCAAACCACUAGCAGUGUACGAACUGCAGACGGUGACGUAUGGGUUGGCGCCAUCUCCAUUUCAAGCGACGAUGGCACUCCGUCAGGCAUCAGAGGAUUACAAGGAAGAGUUUCCUCGAGCAGCGAAGGUGAUCGAAAGGAGCACCUACAUGGACGACAUUGUUGCGGGUGCACAUAAUCUUCCGGAAGCAUGUGUACUCCAGCAGGAAAUUGAUGGUUUGUUGUCGAUAGCUUGCUUCGGUGCCCACAAGUGGUGCUCGAAGAGUUUGAAAGUACUAGACCAGAUCGGCGACGAACUACGUGGUACGGACUUCAAGGUUGGUGAUGAAAACUCGAAGGUCAUCACCAAGACGCUGGGAAUCGUCUGGAACCCUCCCGACGAUUGGUUUUCGUUCUCCGUCACGCCAGGUGACCCCGAAGCUACAACGAAAAGAAAGAUAUUAAGUGAAGUAGCGAAGAUUUACGAUUUGCUGGGCUUAGUUGGUCCAGUUGUUACUACGGCGAAGCUGAUUCUCCAGGAAGUGAGCCUUCUCUCGGUGGAAUGGGACGAACCGGUCCCACAGGACAUCGUACUCAAGUGGCGUAGAUUCCGUGAUGAGUUGACUUGCUUGAACUAA